AUGAAAUACAUUAAUUACAGCGAAAUAAAUUCCGUAUACAAACUACGUAUUUCUGCUCCCAUUUUUAAAGACAAUGAUCAGGACUGCAAAGUAGGACAAAAUUUUAAAUUCAUUCGAGAUGGUCAGAAAUGGGAGAUCAUUGAGAGACAUUUUCCUGUCUCUAUUAAAAGCAUAAAAAUCGAUACAAGAUUAGUAAAAGAAUUACAGGUAAAAAGCCGCACUGUCAAGACAUAGGCUAGGCCUAAUAAAAUUCGAUUGAAGUAAACGACAAUUCCUCCCGUAAUUAUAUUAUUCAUUUUUAUAAAUGAUUUAGUUUUCUACGACAGAACAAUUUAAAGACUGGAAUGGUUCACUUUUACAACUUUCUGUUGCUUGUGGAAAUGAAGAGCAUUGUGUCCUGUUUAAACUGGCAUCUUUACCCGAUGUAUGUAUAACUGUAUAACAUUAAAAUGUGAUCUGCUAUAUAAAUUAGUUGCAUGGAUAUUGAGGCAAUACUUCCUUUAUUUAUUUGUAUAGAUCAAAUAAACUUUAUUCAACAUCGAUGGAAUCAUAGGCAUUGACACAUUUGUAUAUAGAAUGGACUAUUCCUCCUUUCAUAAGUGUCGCGGAAGCACGGUUCUUCGUUAUAGAUUAUCAAUGAAAAUUUACUUUUACUCCAUAACAUUUCUUUAUAAUGCAGUUGAAAGAGUUUCAUUCCUUGGAAACGACUAACUAUGAAAUAACUUUUCAUUAAACAGAAACUCACAUGUACCGCAUCCACUACUUCAAAACGGAACAGCGUUUUAGACUUAGGAAAGAUAUUUUCCUCUGUCCUCUGGGGAGGUUUCCCGUGUAGAUCGAGAAAAUCCGUGCAGGCAUUCCCCUCUAAACUUAUGAUCAACUUUGCGAAGGAAAGAUCAAAUGAAUUCUAAGAAGCAUUACCAAAAACAUGUUUCACUUCAGUUUUUAUGACGAAAAUGAGUUGCAAUGACUCAGAUAUUUCGAAAAAUUAGCUGGGAUAUCUUCCUUAUCUAGGUAUUCACCGUUACCCCUUCACCUUCCUCCACAACUACAAGAGAAACGUCAGGAUUUGAAGAGACACACUACGUUGCUAUUGUUGCAGCUGUUACUCUUUUUCUGCUAGCUUUGGCACUGGGAAUAGGAUAUCAAGUCUACUAUGGAAGACGAAAAAGGUAAACCUGCAAAAGAUUAUUCCAACCAUAAUUCGUUCAAUCUUAGAAAGCUUUAAAUCCUCAAAGUUUUUUCUUAUUCUUAUAUUAUACACUUUCUGAUUUUCCUCUCAUUAUGGUUGAAAAUUUCACAUAUCACUUGUAAUUUCUUUUCAUAUCUGAACUAGUCCAAUUGCAUGAUUAUUUACUUAUCAGUUUAUUUAUAUAUUUAACUUUGCCAAAUAACAUGCGCAUAUAUAUGACAUACGCAAGACAUAUAUAUGGCCGAACACGCUACAGCUCCCGCUAAUUACAGCGACCUAUACACAUGCGUGAAAUAAUAUAGUCUCACACGUGAAAUGAAUUGGCCAUUCCGAAGUUGACGAGAAGACUGGGGCGAGUGUUAAAAAGUGCCCAAAUUAAGAGAUGAACCACAUCACUAAAAAGACCACCUCAAAAAUGUGAAAUUACUGAUUAAAAGAUUGUUUUUGGGACGCGCGUCCCCAAAAACAUAAGUAACAGCACAUUUCAUAGUAAAUAUCGCGAUUUUCGAAAGCUUAUUAUUCGAAGAGUAUCCCUGUAAACGUCUUCAAACUUUGUAUACUUACUAAUUGUGAGGUGGUCUUUUUAGUGAUUUUCUUAAUUUGCAUGGCACUUUUUAACACUCGUCCCCAGUCAUCUCAUCAACUUCGGAAUGGCUAAUUUUCACAUAUAGACCUUUACAUUGACAUGUGGUAGAAUAUGUAAGAGGCUCUCUUUGGCCUAUCCAACUGUAACUUAGUAACUGAAGAUUUGCUCUAGUGAUAUUUACGACGGGCCAAGAUUUGGAAAUGAAAGAAAAAUCCUUUUCUUAUUUCAGGGCACAAGUGGCAGAGAACAACAAAUAUGGUAGGAAUAAAAGCCCUUAAAGCUGGUUUUCAUUGUUAGGCGACAGUCGCCGAUUUCUAUUGUGCGAUCGUGGGCGAGUAUCGUACAUGCAGGCCAUCCGGUAUACUCAUGAGCAUGUUCACAUACAUACCAAAAUCAGGUAUGCUCACGAGCAUACAGUACACACAUACAUUCAGUAACAAAAUCCGGUGAGAAUGCUCAUUUACAUACCAAAAUCCGCUAUGCUCAUGGGCAUUCUCAUAUACAUUACCGAAAUCCGUUAUACUCAUGACUAUGCUCAUAUACCAUACAUACCAAAAUCCGGUAUGGUCAAGGGCAUGCCAUUACAGGCUACAUAUCAGAAUCUGGUAUCUUCACGAGCAUGUUCAUAUAUACCCUGGAUUCCAGAGCCUUCGACAGUAAAUAAUAAAUUGAAAUGUCGCGAAGGCUCUGGUUCAACGGGGCGAUUCUUUGAUUAAACCACGCCAAUCUGUACUAAAACCACUAAUUCUGUUUUGUGAUUGAACCAGAGCCUUCGCGACAUUUCAAUUUAUUAUUUACUGUCGAAGGCUCUGGAAUCCAGGGUAGUUCAUAUAGCAAAACGGCAGUCAAUUUUCAUUAUAGUAGUUCUUCGGUGAUCUUUGUUGUUUUCAUGAUUCCGCGAAAAUUUGUAGCGUGUACUGGGGUCGGGAAAAAAGUUCUAGGAUAGUCGCUGACAAUCUCGUUCCCCAGCCUGCGAUCCUUGGGAAGGAACGCGAGGCUCUGGGAUAAUCCGUUGCCGGAAGCCAGGAAUCCUGGCUAAGAUUGAACUACACAUUCCAUUUCAACGGCCAAUCAGAUUCCUCCCUGAAACGGAUUAUCCCAGAGCCUCGCGUUCCUUCCCGACGAUCGCAGGCUCGGGGAACGAGAUUGAGUCGCUGACAACACGCACAGUGUUUCCACUUGUUUUAUUAUCACUUGUUUCAUUGACUACGACUACCACCUACUGUCGCAACAAAAUAUUUUUUAAAUUUAUCACGACUGCCUGCAACAAUCGCGGAUGAAUUACGAUAGUGUGUUUCAUUAGUCCUAAGCCGGCUACGAUGCUCACCGAUCGUCACAGAAUCGACAUCGGCGAGUGUCGUCGACUAACGAAAACCAGGCUUUAUUCAAAAUAAAAUGUAGGAUUGCUAUGAAAGUAAUUUUUUUGAGCAGUAACAGCCAUGGAGGCACGACAAAAUCUUAAACAAAUUUCAUUCAUAAUUUCUAUCAGUUCUAAACUGUUCUUCAUACAGGUGUUUAUAAAUAUGCAUGCUGCAUGCAGAAAUCAAACUUCGGUCACUGACUGUAAUAGGCAACGUGCUAUAACACAGUGCCACGGACAUUCCAUAAUACAUGGUGGCUUGAAAACUUAUGAAUUUCUUCUUUAAAUUGUAAAGUAAUAGAGGGCGACAAUGCUUAAAUUAAUGUUCAACUAUGGUAGAGUAUAAAAUGCUGAAGGGUUUUUGUAGAUGGAAAUUCGAGUGCAUAUUUUAUACAUGUUUAGACCGAAUGAGGAGCAGCUGCGAAAAAUGAUGCCAGUGUACGCGAGAUGUGGGUAAAUUCAUGCAUAUACCCCGGUAUGACAUUUACCCAAAUAUAGCCUGAGCGCCUUAUUUGCAUUUUUCGCAGCUGCUUCUGGUUAGGUCUAAACAUGUACACAAUUUAUACUCGAAAUUUAGGCGCCGUUUACAUUGUACCGUUUUCGUAGGGUUCUCAUAUUGUUCUCAAUUCUCUGAGGGAUCGAAAGAAAACAAAAGACUAAUCCUACCGAACAAUAUGAGUACGCUACGAAAACGGUACAGUGUAAACGAGGCCUUAGAUCUACAAAAUAUCUUCACCAUUUUGUGCUAUCGAGUAAGAUGCCCAAAGUCCUGCUGAUAUGUUGAAGUAUAUAUUUUUUCAGACACUGGAUUUUUCAACUGUCCCGAGGCGAUUUACGAAGAGCCAGAUCCAAUCUACGAAACAGUAACGGAAAAUGAAACACCACAUAAUCAGCUAGAAACAUCCACUAAGGAAUAUAGCUACCCCGAUGCUUAUAUUAUUACGAACCCAGUCUUAACGGAAAAUGGGAUACUAAAAGAAAAAGGACAUGACGUGCCAGACAACGAACCAGAAAUAUCCUAUAUCCACCCCGAUACUAAUAGGGACACAAAGCCACUUAAGUCAGCCGUAACUGAAAACGAGGCGCCAAGGGAAGAAGACCAUAAACUACUGAGAAACCAGCCAGGAAAAUCUUCAGAUACAUAUAUCCACCCUGAUAGUAACGCUAUCGCAAACCCGACUUUAACAGAACACGAUAAACCAACGGAGGAAGAAUGCGAAGUACCGAGCAAUGUGGAGCCAGAAAUAUCCAGUGGCACCAAUGUCAUCCCCAAUACUAACACUAACAGGAACACAAAGCCAGCCGUAAAUGAAGACGAGACACCAAAGAACGAAGGACAUGAAGUACUAGGCACCCUGGAGCCAGAAACAGACUCCGACAAAUAUAUCUACCCCGAAAUAUAUAGGAACGCAAAGCCAGCCGUAAAUGAAUAUGACAUACCAAUGGAAUAA